AUGAAGACUUCACACAAUUCAGUGAUGGUGGCACCACUGCUACUCUUACAGCUACUAUCUCUACCGACUGCAGUUCUAGCAAAGACAAAGCCUCUCAUAGUCAAUACUUGGCCUUUCACGGACGCAACCUAUGCAGCCUACAAGACACUAGUUUCAAGCCCGAAAAGCGACCCAAUUGACGCCGUCGUAGCGGGUUGUUCAAAAUCAGAAGAGCUUCAAAACGAUUUCACUGUCGGAUGGGGAGGUUCUCCGGAUGCUAAUGGUGAAACCACUCUCGAUGCUCUCGUUAUGCAAGGCAGCGAUCAGAACACUGGUGCAGUACUUGGACUGAGAGGGAUCAAGCCUGCUACCCAGGUGGCAAGAGAUGUCCUACGGUUGACAAAGCACAGUCUGCUUUCGGGGAACCUAGCUACCGAUUUCGCAGUCAGCUUAGGAUACAAGAUGGAGGAUCUGACAAGUGAACAUAGUCGCAACCAGCAUGAGGAGUGGGUCGAGGCAGGAUGUGUACCAAACUUCUGGGUCGAUGGCCGCACAUGUAACGGUUCUGCCCCAACCGGAAAGCUCAGCUCGCGAUCACCUUUCAACGAACAUAACCAUGACACCAUUGGCCAGAUUGCGCUUCAAUCGGACGGUAAGAUGGCGGUGGGAAUGUCAUCUAAUGGAGCAACACACAAAAUUCCGGGCCGUGUUGGAGAUGCUCCUAUCCCAGGAGCUGGUGGUUAUGUCGACGACAAGGUUGGAGCGUGUGUUGCGACUGGUGAUGGCGACAUCAUGAUGCGAUACCUUCCUUCGUUCCAAGGUGUCGAUCUCAUGAGAAGAGGGUCUUCGCCACGAGGAGCUGCACAAGCGGCAAUUAAGAAGAUUGCCAAAGUGUAUCCCAAUUUCGCUGGUGCGGUUGUUUGUGUGCAUAAAUCGGGAAAACAUGGGGCUGCUUAUCAGGGAUUUGGAUGGUUCAGCUACAGUCUUCAAGACAGUGGAAAUAGUGUGGAAGAUGUUAAAGUCAUCUCAGUCGAGGCAUGA